GACGCGUGUGUGACUCCAAUUCUCGAUCAAAAAUCUAUUCCCAAAUCUGAGAGCCAAUCCCAAAUCGGAGCUCCCACAAAAAUGGCAUCCACCACCUUCAGCGGAGACGAAACUGCCCCCUUCUUCGGCUUCCUCGGCGCCGCCGCCGCCCUCGUUUUCUCCUGUAUGGGAGCAGCGUACGGGACGGCGAAGAGCGGCGUCGGCGUGGCGUCGAUGGGAGUGAUGAGGCCGGAGCUGGUCAUGAAGUCGAUUGUGCCGGUGGUUAUGGCGGGAGUGUUGGGGAUUUAUGGUCUGAUCAUUGCUGUGAUCAUCAGUACUGGGAUUAAUCCUAAGGCUAAGUCUUAUUAUCUUUUCGACGGCUAUGCGCAUCUCUCUUCCGGUCUUGCUUGCGGCCUCGCCGGUCUUUCUGCCGGAAUGGCUAUCGGAAUCGUUGGUGAUGCCGGUGUUAGAGCUAAUGCCCAGCAGCCAAAGCUUUUUGUUGGAAUGAUUCUCAUUCUCAUCUUUGCUGAAGCGUUGGCUUUGUAUGGUUUAAUUGUUGGUAUCAUCCUUUCAUCCCGAGCUGGGCAAUCCAGAGCAGAUUAGAGGUACCAUUCGCGAUAGCGUCUGAUGUGAGUGUGUGUUGCAUCUUUGGUUACUCACUGGUUGAAGAUGCUCCAUUCAGUGUGCAGUGUGCAGUCUUGUGUUAUGUUAUCAGUUGCAUAGGUGCAAAAAAUAUCCAUUUCUUUUUGUUGGAUUUGGUGAUUUCUCGGAAUAAAGCCCUUCACUGAUUCUUCACU